AAUGCAGGUUGGUGCUUGCAUCGUGAACCCUGAAAACAAGAUAGUCGGUAUUGGAUACAAUGGAAUGCCAAAUGGAUGCAGCGAUGAUAUUUUACCAUGGGCAAGAACUGGCCCAAAUAAAUUGGAUACAAAAUACAUGUAUGUUUGUCAUGCAGAAUUAAAUGCGAUUCUGAACAAGAACUCUGCUGACGUUAAGGGAUGUACGAUGUAUGUGGCCUUGUUCCCCUGUAAUGAAUGUGCUAAACUCAUCAUCCAGUCAGGCAUAAAGAAAGUUACUUACAUGUCAGAUAAGUACCAUGACAUGCCAGAAAUGAAGGCCUCGAAGCUAAUGUUGGACAUGGCUGGUGUGGAAUGCAGCAAAUUUAUUCCAAAGAAUAAAACAAUUACUAUUGAUUUUGAAUCAAUAAACAAAAGUAGAAGUUGUUUAGAAAUCUGUCCAAGUGCCUCAACAACAUUGGCCUGAAGCUGCAUCAUGGAAAAUCUCGUUUUCUACUUCCAUUCUGUCCAGGACUUUUCUUUGUACUUACCAUUCAAACAAGUAUCCUACAAAUGGUUUACAACCUGUUUUCUAAGUAGUGGAAGUGAACUAUUUAAUAUAUUUUAAGUGCUGUGCCAGGUUUCUUUGUUAUUAGAAUUAACAGUGAGCUGCUUCAGCUUGCCCUAUAUAUGCAUUUAUUUUAUAUUCUAUGUAUAUAAAAUUAAGUCUUUAGUAAGGAACUUAAGUCAUUAGCCACUAACAAUCUUACUACUUGUGGAAGUCCAGGAUAUGGGACACUGCCAUGGCUUUCCUCAGAGUUCUGUUUUGGAGUAUCAGAUUUACCUGACCUUCUGAACACAGGCUCACAAUGUUUUAUUUCUGCUCUCUCCAUAAACAGUUGACUGGUUCGAGAGCGGAAUCCCUUUCUGAUCUGACCAUGCUGUGGUUAGCACAGUGUAUGUCGUGGUUUGCAGUCUGCUCAGGCAGGCAGUGUCUGAGAUGUCUACCCGCCACCUUCUCCCCUCCCAACCCCCCCACCAACCAAUCUCUCUAUUCCACCCCCCCUCAUGUCUCUCUCCUUUCACUUUCUCUCUCUCUCUCUCUCUUUUUCUCUCUCUCUCUCUCUCUCUCUCUCUCUCUCUCUUUCUCUCUCUCUCUCUCUCUCUCUCUCUCUCUCACACCUAGAACAUGUUUCCAUGCGACCUCCUUGCAAACCUGUGAACUCUAGGUCAUUCUGUGUUGGAGGUUACAUUCAGAAUGAUCAUGCCUGUUUGCCUGAGUUUACCCCAGCUUUCUGACAGGAUUGUGGCAGACAUUCCAGACAUGGUGACAAGCCAGCCAUCCCAAUUAAUGCCUGCAGCCAUCUUGCGUUUAAAGGUACAGUUUACAAUUGUGAUAGAAUUUUUAAAUAAUGCAAAUACAAAUCAUCACUGGACAUAUGUUUCCGUUUAUUGUUUCGCCAGCUCUUCCAGUGAAAGAGCGUGUGAUUCUGUUACCAUCAAAGUAAAAUUGUUACUGGAAAAGGUGGACCAAUACUUUAUUCCUGCAGCAAAACCUCCAGUUAAGCAGUACUGUUUGCAGGGUCUUGCUACGCACAAUUCAGUGGAGUGGUUAUGCUUCAAAUGGUUGAAAAUAGUUUAAGAAUUGCUUUGAAACAUCCUGAGGGCAAGAAAAAUAUACAACAUAAAUGCAAGUUGUUUUUAUUUUAAACUGCAAAUUUUUAUUUGGUUUGGUUGUUCAGUUUCUUUGUUAUGCAGUGUGGCAACAGGAGUUGAGAAGAGAUGCCAGGAACACAAUUUUACACUUAAAUCCUUUUGAUCAAUUUUUGCUCACCAUAUUACCACUGCAGCGACUAGUUUCAUUAUUUACACCUCAGCACCUACAGUCUUCUAGCAGGGAAUUCCAGAUUUCUCCUACCCUUAUAUAAAGUCACGCCCCCAGAGUUUGCCCCUAAAUGAACUGGCUCUAAUUUUAAGGUUACAUCCCCAUGCCCUCGGUUUUCUCACCAGUGAAAGACCUGGUGUUAUGUCCUGCUGUCUGUCAUGUCCUUUAAACAUAUUAAGCAUCAAGAUUGUAUACUCUCUUCAACCUUUUAUACCGAAAGGAAUACCAGUCUACCUUAUCCAAUCUGCCGUUGUCAUUUAACAGUUUAAGUCCCAGUGUCAUUCUAAAUCUAAUUGCAGUCCCUUCUGUCCAUUACUUGUCUGUUUCAUAAUUUUCUCUGUCUAGUUCUGAUGAUGCUUAUGCACAAAGUUAUGAACCUCUUUCAAUUAGUGUGGGCUUACAGUGAUUCUGUGCCCAUUGGGCAGAAAAGUUGGCGUUAACUAAGCAGUUCAUUCAUUAAUGACUGUCACUUAGGAACAUAUGACUUAUGAGCAGGGGUGAGCAAUUUGGACCCUGGAGCCUGCUCUGUCAUUCAAUAAUAUUGUCACUGAUCCAAUUGUAACUUCAAUACCACAGUCCUGCCUACCCCAGUAAUUUUUCACCACACCCCCUGCCUUGCUUAUUAAGCAUCCAUCUUUUUCACCACCUUUUUGAGGUGAGAAAAUAUUUCUCCUCUGGCUAGUCGACAGCCCCUUAUUUUUAAACUUCAGAUAUGUUCUGCAGAUUGUCCUUUAAGCUGUGUCCAGUUUAAUAUAUGCUUUAUUCUUAAGUCAGUAUUUUUGGUUAGGAAAUCUAAGCUUUGUUGUUUGAAACACAAAUCAAAAUUAUCUCUGUGUGCGGUUUAAGAAAUGGAAAAUUCAAAAUCCUUUCCCCAUAUCUAAAAAGUGGACUUUCACUGGUACAUGUACUGUGAGAACAGAAUAAGUGAGCCACAGUCCACCUUGUAUUCAAUUCAGGAUAAAAGGGGGUGAACGCUGGUUUGUACAUAAUGUACCUCAGUGAGUGCCUCCUGUCCAGUACAAAACAAAUGAAAUGCUAAUCUUUGCAUUUGCAGUUGUCAGUUUGCUGCUCUGAAAGGCUCCUAACCUGAUGAUUGGAAGAGCAUCAACAGUUAAGGUCAUGUUUGAGGAUUCCAGUUGUUCAAUAGUGCAGCUGUGUCCUACUUUAGAGGACUUGUGUGUAUUCCAAAUACAAAAUGAGCAAUUAUUGGAAAGGGAUCAAUUCCAAAUAACUGUUUAUUUCCGAUAAGUUUUUUAAAAAUCCUCUUAAAGCUUAAUAAAUAAACUUAAUACAUUUAAAUAGCAUGCAUCAAUCCAGAUAGACGUCAUAACCUGACACCCAUGGAAAGGCUAAAUGACAUGAUAAUCACUUUAUCUUCACCAUCGAGCCAAGCCAUUAAGAUCCUGAAGAAGGAAAUGAGCUCUCUGGGGAAAUAAACAUGUUUCACUUUUAGCAUUUGUUUACCGUUUCAUUAUAAUCUGAGUGAUGUGUGACCAGGGCCAAGUCUUUGCAACUUCAGCAAUCUGUUAACAACACUGGAUAAUCAUCUCUCUUUUUGUUUUCAACGUAAUGAGUGCAGCCGAAAUGGAAGCUCUUGCAUAUUUUGUUUAAUCUACUCCGAUUGCCUUAUGGCCUACAGGGGGCUUUCAUUAUGCACGGCAAUUGGCAUAUGAACUGUUGAUAACAGCUUUCAUAUUCCAUCUAAUCUGUGGAUUGCAAAACAGCUUUCGAUUCAUUUUUGAUUCUUGGUCUCAAGUGCAUUUCUUUUGGACCAAUGUCAGCUUAUUAAUGUGUAACUUUUUUGGUGGCAGAGAUAAAACAGAGUAAGGAUUGGGCUCUGGCAAUCAAAGUGCAUUUGCUUUUCAAUGUUUCAAUUUACGUUUAAAUGUACUUUCUUCAGAAUUCUAACAAUUACAGUACGAUUCUCAAAUGCUCAGUGAAGCCCUUUAUUCAUGAAGUAAUUAGUCUGAAUACAACUUGUCAGUAUUUCUUCACUUACUAUUUUCCUCUGAGACUGACAUUUAUCUUUUUGUGGUAUAUGGAAGCUUUUGAAGCACUAGCAAUAUCUUAUGGGCAUUCUGUAAUCAAAGGUUCUUGCAAACAUUAAUAAAUGGUACUUAUCCUUAAUGUGAAACCUUCACUUGAUUCCACUAGAGAGUAUUAGUUAUGUCAGAUUUCUGAUCGAGGUUGGAUAGAAUGUUGGUGUAGGCAACAGAUCUUUUCUCAAAGUGUAAAGAAAGAUUUGCAUUUAUAUUAUACCUCUUAUCAAGUCCCAAAGUGUUUUACACAUACUUUUUUUGAGGCAGACACUAUUGUAAAGUAAGAAAUACAACAUCUGAUCUGCACACAGCAAACUCUCUCAAAUCACAGUGGAAUGAUGUACAAAUCUUUUUUUUGAAAGAAAGUAAGUACUGGAGAAACUCAGCAGGUCUAGCAGCAUCGGUGGAGAGGGAGAAAGUUAAUGUUUCAAGUCCAGUAGGACUCCUGUCCAGGACUGACCGGGGCUGAAAAGUGAUAGUUUUUUUACACUGUUGAUAGAAGGGGAUGAGGUCUAAAAGCAGUGCUAAUGGUGGUAAAGGAGAGAUUAAGAUGUAAGAGUAAGACUGAGGAGUCAUUGGACUAUAUAAGAACAUAAGAAAUAGGAGCAGGAGUUGGCCAUCUGGCCUGUCAGGUCUGCUCUGCCAUUCAAUAGAUCGUGGUUGAUCUUUUUGUGAACUUGGAUUCACUUACCUGCCCUCUGACCGUAACCCUUAAUUCCUUUACUGUUCAAAAAUCUUAUCUAACUUUGCCAUAAAAACAUUGUGAGAUAGUCUCAACUACUUCCCUGGGCAGGGAAUUCCACAGAUUCACAAUCCUUUGAGUGAAGAAGUUCCUCCUCAAUUCGGCUAAAUCUGCUCCCCCCAAAUUUGAGGCUAUGCCCCCUAGUUCUAGUAGAAAUGUUAAUUUCCCACUCCACCGAUUCUGUCAGAUCUGUUAAGUUUCUCCACUGUUAUCUGUUUUUAUUUCAGAUUUCCAGUAUCUACAGUACUUUGCUUUCAUUUGGCCAAAUCUGUUUGAUAUCUCAUCUGAAAGACUGUCUCGCUGAUAAUGCAGCUAUUCCUCAGUGGUAAUGUAAAUUUUGUGCUUGCAUCCCUGGACUGAGCCUUGAGCCCAUUGCAGUUUGACCAUGAAGUCAGUGUGUUUCACUUCCAUAGGAGUUAUGUCAUUAGAGCCAUGGAAUCUGGCCUUGAGACAUUAGCUGAAGUGGCCAAAUGUUUGCUGAAGUUGUACACCAGAAACACACACAAUCUGGGUCAUCUAUCUCAAUACAAUGGACCUGCCUCUACAAAAAUUAGUGCAUGUACCAUCGGUAGGACAUGGUUAUACUUGAAAAGCUAUCACAAUGAUGAAGAAUUUUUGAGUUUGGAAAAUCACUACGCAAACAGAAGUUCUAGCUUUCCGAAGUAUUUCUGUCUGUGAGUUAGUUCUAGAAACUCACCCUUGAAUGUGUCCUUGGGUUUAAUUAUGGAAAUUAUAUCACUUGGAAAUGUUUUUGUAUAAAAACUAAUAUUCCAUUAGAAUACUGUUUGUAAGUAUGACUGACGGAUUGUUUUGCAUUUUGUGUUACAGCAAUAAUGAAAUAAUUUUAAUGACUUUAAUUCCUAAAAAGCAAUUCUGAAUAAAGGAAAAUCAAUCACUAAAUCUGGGACAUUAUGAAAUAUUU